UUCUGGUAAUGUCUGGAAGUCUGGUAAAUAUCAGUGUUACAAAUCCGUAUAUGAUUAUUGCAAUGGUGAUAUUGGGAAUAUUUUUCCUGAAGAUUCGUGAAUGGUUUGUAACUAUAGCAAUGGAUAUCAAACAUCUAGAAUCUUCAUGUAAGUCACCAGUUUUUUCACAAGUUAGCUCUACACUGAAUGGAAUAGCUACCAUAAGAGCAUCUAAAACAGAAGACAUUUUGAUACAAGAGUUUGAUGAUCAUCAGGAUGUUCAUACGUCAGCUAGCUUCUUGACACUAGCGUGUACAUCCUGUUUUGGCCUAUGGUUGGACAUUGUGUGUAUAUUCUUCACAGCGUGUGUAUCAUUCAGCUUUGUGUUUAUGUAUACAUGGAAAACUAUGGGAAACCUGAGAAAGCACUCUGAUGUUCGCCUUGUCACGAGUUGGGAUGAGCGAUAUGGUGCCGAAACCAGAAUCUCCAAUCCUCGGUUCAAGACUUUGACUUUCUUCGAUGAAAAUUUGACUUCCAUUGAAUUGGAAAAAUUCAAAAUAUCCUUCAACAAACCUAUAUAUGUUGGAAUGGUAGUACUGGAUUUGGCAAAGUUGACCACAUAUAAUUUCCAUUAUGAGUACAUGGCUCCUAG